AUGUCUCGCACUACCGCAGCUGUCAAGCUGCUGCUUGUGUCUCUGCCACUUGUACGGUCUUUACCGCAACUUUCUCCACCUUACCCCAUCGUUAUCAGUACAACGACGGAUAUCAGUGAGGCGGUGCUUGCCACGCCAACAGAAGAACCAGAUCUGUCGCCUGUGGAAACAGACAUUUUGGUCGAUCUAAUUCCCACGGAUGUCCAGCCUGAUGAAGAGGAAGCAGCACCAUCAGUGACUGUUCCUCUCGAUCCCAUCUACGACGACCAGAUUUAUGUCGAUCCCAUUACUUCAGACUGGCCCUACCACACCAUCUCCCCAGCUCCUAUUGCCGAUGGGGAUUCUGUGAGCUUGGAAACCUUCGUCGAGAUUCUGCAGCCACUGCUUGACAUCAUCGAAGACAUGCUGCCGGAAGAUGAGGUUCUCGUGCACCGAUAUGCUGAGGAUUUGCUUCCCGGUCUGCUUCCGACUGUUAGGCCCAUGAUCUUGGACGCGAUGGAGACUCCGCUCCCUGAAUUUCCAAACAUUGACUCAUUGGAGAGCUCCGUGUUUGAGCCUAUUACUGAGGCAACAGGAGACCUAAUCUUUGCGGGAACUAUCUCAGACACACCGGAAAGUCCUAUCGCAGAGCCCAGAAUUGAGUCUAUCAUCUCUGAAACACCUGAGAUUGCUGUUCCUCUCCCUGAACUUUCCGGGCUACCUCUACCGGAUCUGACAUUUUCGAAUUCACUUUCGGAUUUACUUUCGGAGAUUCCUGCACCAGAACCUGUCUUUCCUGACGCGCCCUCCCAGCCUUACUUCCCGGACCCAUCUUCCAUUGAUGCUGCUAUUCCAAGGCCUGUCUUUCCCGAAUCAUCUCUCGUAAACGCGGUUAUUCCAGGACCAGUUUUCCCUGAUGCAUCUGCCGCGGAAGCUGCUAUCCCGGGACCUGUCUUUCCCGACACGCCAUCUCCAAAACUUCUCUCCCCUGAGCCAGAAGACAUGCCUGCCCGUGCCAGUUCCCCUCUAAAGAAGCGUGAAGACAAGGGCUGGUUCGGCGGAAUCGGGGAAUCGAUCAUCAAUGCCAUCACCCGUGGCGCGGGGGCUAACAAGCCUACCGAAGCGACCAUCAAGGACGAGCAACCUUCGCUUGGCGCCUUCCGUCACGAUGUGCUUCAACUACCCGUUGAUCUCCUCCCCGUUGGGAUCGCAGCCGUUAUCAACGGGACAAUUCCAUCACGAAACGAGUCUGAGCCAUAUAGUGAGGCAGCCGCCUUGGCCCUCAUCGAAGAGCUUCUCAGCCUCAUUCUUCAGGUAUUGGGCCUCGAUUUCCUUCCCAACGACAAUGGUGUAAACCAGACAAGAGAGGAGAUUGAACUAGCCUUGAGGGAGCACAACGGACCUGUUGCGACAUCGGAUCUCUUCGAUAUUGUGAAUAAGGUGGUUGGCCAGGAACUGUCACACGCGCACUCUAACAAGGGAUCUCAUCGUGGCCACACGAAGCGUGACGCAAGUCCUGCUACUGAUGCCAUUGAGAAGUUCUAUGCUUCACUUCAGAGUUCGAGUGACCACUCAGUGGAUAGCAUAGCCUCGUUUUCCGAUACGCUCAGAGCUUCUUUGAAGCAGCUUGACGCUUCGAGCCAGGCAGCCCUUCUCGAAGCCCUUAAACACGAGACCACUCAGCAUGAGCUUGUCAAGCGGCAAAGGCCGGGCAGAGGAAGAGGACGGAGAGGAGGUCGAAGGGGAAGAAGAGGAAGAAUUGUUACUGAUCCUCGCCUACCGGGCUUUGAUGGCAGGGCCUUCAUCGCCUAUUACACUUCAGAGGUCUGUCAGAUAUCCUCACUGAUCCCAGGAUCCCCGUGCCGCCAUAUAAUUCACUGCGAAUGGACAACCUUCCCGACCAGCUGA